GUGAGUGUUUAGAGGACACUGCUGCUGGUUGGUUAAAUAAAUAAAAUAUAAUGAGUCUGCAAUUACCACAAGCUGGCAAUAAGCCAAACUCAAUGCCACCACCAUCUGGGCCACUUCAACGGCCACAGCCACAAGCAGCCCCUACACCACAACCGUUCGCAGUACCACCAACACCACAGGCUGUUCAGACUCCUAGUCACACUGAUACGGGCUUCACCCACUCAGCUGGAAUUGUACCGACACUACAAAACAUUGUGGCAACAGUUAAUCUUGAUUGUAGAUUAGAUUUGAAGACAAUAGCACUACACGCCCGUAACGCAGAAUACAACCCUAAGAGAUUUGCGGCAGUCAUUAUGAGAAUUAGGGAUCCAAAAACGACGGCACUUAUUUUCGCAUCAGGAAAGAUGGUUGUAACUGGUGCCAAAUCUGAGGAUGAUUCUAAGUUAGCUUCUAGAAAGUAUGCACGUAUUAUCCAAAAGCUUGGAUUUGAUGCUAAGUUCUCAGAAUUUAAGAUACAAAACAUCGUUGGUAGUUGCGAUGUUAAAUUCCCAAUUAGAUUGGAAGGUCUUGCAUACACCCACGGUCAUUUCAGUUCAUACGAACCUGAGUUAUUCCCCGGUUUAAUCUACAGAAUGGUUAAACCCAAAGUUGUCUUAUUGAUUUUCGUAUCAGGUAAGAUUGUAUUAACAGGUGCGAAAGUCAGAGAAGAGAUUUAUACGGCGUUUAACAAUAUUUAUGCUACUCUACUUGAUUAUCGUAAACAAUAAAUGUAUUUUUAACAACAGCAGAGAUAGGCAUAUUAGUCUUACUCUUAUUUUUCACCCUCUUCACUCAUUAAAGAGAUGUACAUAAUAUGAAUAUAUAAAGAUUA